AUGGCCCCCGUGCGGCUGGUGUCGGAGGGGGGGGGUAAAGGCACUUGGCAGAAGAUCAUCACAUACCGCACACUCACACAAAUUGACUCUGAUGAUGUCAUCACAAGAGAUGAGCAGAUCUUCGUCCUGAUUGGUGCUCAUGCCAAAUGUGAAAAGAAAAUUCAGGCACAGAUGUCCGUGGUUCAAGAAGGCGAGUGCGUCCCAGAGUGGGACGGGAUAAUCUGCUGGCCACCGAGCAGAGCGGAUCAGAUGGUGUCAGUUCUAUGUCCAGAUUACAUCUAUGACUUCAACCACAGAGGACGGGCCUACAGACUGUGUGAUGCGGCAGGAAACUGGGAGCAGGUUCCCAUCCUCAAUCGGACAUGGGCCAACUACACUGAGUGCACCACUUACCUGACUUCCAGAAACAGAAACCAGGAAGAGAAGGUGUUCAGGAGACUCCACCUCAUGUACACAGUUGGCUACUCCAUCUCCCUGGCGUCCUUGCUGGUGGCUGUUUCCAUCCUCUGCUACUUCAAGCGUCUUCACUGCACACGGAACUACAUCCAUGUUCACCUUUUCACCUCCUUCAUCUGCCGAGCGGUCAGCAUUUUCGUGAAAGACGCUGUGCUGCAUGCCGUCUCUGUGGAGAGAGCCAGUGAGCCCAUGCCUGGGCUGAAGCAACAGACGCACGGAUGUAAAGUUGGGGUCACACUGUUCCUCUAUUUCCUGGCCACGAAUCAUUACUGGAUCCUGGUGGAGGGCUUGUACCUGCACAGCCUCAUCUUCAUGGCCUUCCUCUCUGACAAGAACUACUUGUGGGCUCUCACCAUCAUCGGCUGGGGUGUUCCUGCUGUGUUUGUGUCCAUUUGGGUCAGUGCUCGCGCCUCCUUGGCCGACACAGAGUGCUGGGACAUCAGUGCUGGUAAACUCAAAUGGAUCUAUCAAGUCCCCAUCCUGUCAGCCAUUCUUGUGAACUUCCUUCUGUUCGUCAACAUCAUACGCGUUCUGGCUUCUAAAUUAUGGGAGACAAACACUGGAAAACUGGACCCUCGCCAGCAGUACCGGAAGUUGCUGAAGUCCACUCUGGUGCUCAUGCCAUUAUUUGGGGUUCACUACAUGGUGUUCAUGGCUCUCCCCUACACUGAGGUCACAGGUUUGCUCUGGCAGGUGCAGAUGCACUAUGAGAUGUUCUUCAACUCCUCACAGGGUUUCUUUGUUGCAUUUAUCUACUGCUUCUGCAAUGGAGAGGUGCAGGCAGAGGUGAAGAAGGCCUGGUUAAGACGGAGCCUCGCUCUGGAUCUGAAACAAAAAGCCAGGAUGACCAGCAGCGGCGGCGGGGGCAGCUGUUACUACGGCGGCAUGAUGUCACACACCACUAUUCACAGUGUCAGUCAGUCUGCAGCCAACCCCAGAGCACUGGCCUUCACCCAUCAUCCCAUGUCCACCGUCUGGUUGACCGACGUGUCUCCCGAUUUCCGUCUGGUCAUCGAUGCUGGCAGGCCGGACAUCGUCUCUCUGCUAGGCGGGGGUGAAUGA